AUGGAUGCGCACGUCAAGCCGUCGCCGCGACUCUGCAAAAACAUCCUCAUCCGAGCCAUGGCCGCCACCGCGCCCCCGCGCCUCAAGCCGCACGAGCACGCAGACUUGACGACCUUCUGCGAUAUCCUGCACCUGGUGCACCACCGCAAUCUGAACCAGCACCGCCACAGCAUCUGGUGGCGCAGCUUCUCCGUCUUCCGCCGUGAGCUGUCGCACUUCGUCGCCGAGUACAACACCUACCAGCCACCAGCCGCCACGGACCUGACGCCCCCGGCCCCAAAGCCCUCUGCUAAAGCCUCCAGAUUGGCGGCGAGGCGCGCGGCUGCGAGACUGGACGCGUGGAGGCGACAUCACGUGCCGAGAUGGUAUCUCGCUUUUGCCGACGUCAUUGCCUCGACGCAGUUCUCUGCCCUUGGGUUGGCCUUGCUGGCCGUCCUGGCGCGUGUCACGCAGGUCACGGGCAUCACGGCUGCCUAUGAGGACGAAGCGGAGCAGGCCAUGCAGGCUGCUCUGCGCGAGCUUGCAGCUAUGGAUGCAAAGCGACUGGUGGGUGCCAUUCAGGCGAAUGAAGGUGCAUCACUGGAGGGAGACGGCGUGGCUGCUGAGGACUUGGGAGAAGCUGUGGGCCGGCGGGAAGAUUUGGGGGAGGUGGUCGGCAGGGAUACUGACGGUGAAAAGGGCGAUGACGCUACCGCGGUCGGGCCCGGUUUACAAAUGAAGAGAGGCAUGAAGGGUGAUGUGAUGGAGCUGCCGUCGUCGAAGCCUAUUGUAGUGUUGGACGCGAUGCGGAAGAAGAAAAAGGAGAAGAGAACAGCAGAGCCGGAGCCGGAGCCGGAACCUGAACCUGAGGCCAAGGGGCCACCGAAGAAGAAGAAGAAGACGAAGAAGAGCAAGGCCAGCGCCAUCGACGACCUGUUCGCCGGGCUGUAG